CUCCCCUGCUACCCCGGGGCGCGGAGCAGGGGCUCGGCGGGCGUCGCUGCCCGCUGGGAAAGGCGGCAGGGGCGCUGCCCGGAGGAGGCCGCCCUCCUUCCCUCCGACCGCGGGGCCGGGGUGGUUGCCGUCUCCUCGCCGCCUCCUCCUGCGCGGCGGGGCCCUCCCGGGAGCGCGGCGGAGGACGGGGCAGGGCCGGUCCCCUCAGACCGCGGCGCCCCGGUGCAGCGUGAGCGCUCAGCGGGAUGGGCCCGCCGCCACGGCAGCCGCCGGGCUGAAGGGCGAGGAGCAGGGCCGUGAGGUGUAGGGCUGUGAGGUGUGCGUGUCCCCGCGGCUGCGGCGUCCCCUGGGGACAGCGCUGGCCGGGAAGGAGCAGCCUUGCGGGCACAGUGUGGGGUGUGUGCCACGGCGGGACUCUCCCGGCCCUGAGGUGAUACUGGCCAAGGAGCAAGAACAUGGAUAAAACAAAUUUUGAAUCAAGAAAUGGCUUUCCAACACAUAAAAGUAAUUUACCCAACGGCUCCUGCCAGGCCAUAUACACCUCUGAAAGGUGCCAUGUCCACUGUGUGGUUUGACAGGUAUAAGAUCUCUAAUGACUGUCCAGAACACAUUGAAAGUAUUGAUUCCAUGUGCCGGGGUCUCACAGACGUGAUCAAUGAUGAGAUUAAAAAUGGUAUUGCAAAGAAUAGGAUACUAAUAGUUAUGCUGACUGUCAAAAUGACAGGAGGUUUUUCGAUGGGAGGCGGAAUGGCGAUGCAUUUAGCAUAUAGGUUUCAUCAAGAUCUGGCAGGAGUCUUUGCUUUGUCUAGUUUUCUCAAUAAAGACUCUGCUGUUUACCAGGCUUUGAAGAAAAAUGAAAGUGUUCUUCCAGAAUUAUUUCAGUGUCAUGGAACUGCUGAUGAACUAGUUCUCUACUCAUGGGGUGAAGAGACCAACAAGAUGUUAAAGUCACUGGGAGUAUCAGCGUCACUUCAUACUUUUCCAAACCUUCAUCAUGAGUUAAACAGAACUGAAAUAGAAAAACUAAAAACCUGGAUUGUAGAGAAAUUACCUCUUGAAGCAGCAAAUAAAUAAAAGAAGAUGCAACUUUUAA